UUUCCUUUCAAAGUUUUUGCCUAUCAACCACUGAAAGUCACAAGCAGUUAUUUACGUUCCUUGAAACAUGAAUUACCACGCUUUAUUAUUGGCUUUAAUAUCGAUCAUGCUUCUGGACACAAGUCUGGCUGAGAGACCCAUGCAAAUUGAAAUCAACAAUUUCACUUGUGUUUCUUACUACCCCGAGAUAGCUCAUGAGUUCACUUGUACUCUUCAUCGAAAGCGCGUCGUGCCUUCCAUGUCUGUGCGAUUCAACCUCAAGGAAACUGCCGAAGCAUUCAAUAUUAUUUGCUCCUGGAAAAUUGUAACGAAGGGAGCUACCUUUGCCUCAACGAACAUCACUUUGGAUGGCUGCAAAGUUCUAAGUUCGUUUUAUGGCAACAACAUUGUCGGAAAGUUCUUUAAACAUAUUCGAACGUUCGGAAAUUUACCCAAAUCAUGUCCUGUCCCAGACAACACACUUUUUGAAGUACGAAACUAUACAGUUCAAGCGCAGGAAUACCCGAAAAAUAUUCCAGCUUUGACGUACGAGUUCGAUAUGCAGAUGGAAUACAAGAAUAGAAUAGUUGGCGAUAUUUAUAUUCGCGGCAAAAUUUCUUAUUAA